AUGUCUUCCAAAUCUAAGGAUGGUCAGUCAUCAGGUGGAUUUCACCAGGAAUACAUUGCGUCCCUUCGCUAUCGCAAUGAUCUCCCUCCCCCGGACAUGCCCCCCAAGUUGCUAGAUAUUCCACACGAGGGCUUGAGUCGCUUCCUCACCCCCGGUUUCGCGUCAAACUUGGCACGCCGGGAGGAGCCCAACAUUGAAGUCGAUGCUGAAGGUGGGAUGCCAAUUGACCUGGUUGGUAUUCCGGGGUUACAUUUGGGCGAUGAGAGUGCUAUUAUGGCACCCGAGAAUCCUCAGCCUAUGGAUCCCGCUGAUCUUCCCCUUCUCAUGACUAUCGAGCAACUUCGAAACCCUGCCCCGAGGAAUACCAAUGUCAGUUUCCUCCGCCGUACACAGCACAUUGGUGUCGAUCGUACUGCCGGGGAUGGCUCCCGGCCUGCACCUAUUAAAACACAGUCACGCACUGCGAAGAAGGGGAAGCCUCCCGUGGAUGACCCGAAGCAUGUUAAGAAAUUCAUCCAAAAAGGAUUCGAUAUCGCCUACCCCCAGAGCAAGCACACUGGAGAGGAUUCUGAUAGCCAAAUCCGUGGUCUUCCCCCCACAAAGGCAGAACUCAACGCCUGGGCCAACCCGGUUCACCCUGAAAACCCGAAGCUGAAGCCAGUCGGUUUCUUCCCUGUGAUGCCCGACCUGGAAGGUUUCCCAGACCCUGGUGGCUACCUUCAAUUCAAGUUUGAUAAGGCACCUUUGGCAGCUGUGGCAGGCAAGCGGGACAAGCGUAUGGACGUUGGUAUUUUGACACCAGUCGCGCCCGAGCAGCGCGUUUGCCAGGAGCAUGAAUCUAAGGUGCAUCUUCACAACACGAACCCCGCUCUUUACGCCCACCCGGGCCCAGUUCCUUAUGAUUACCAGCUCUUCCUUCCAGAGAAAUCCAGCUAUGUUAAGAACAUCGACGCAAAUAUGGAUUUGUCCAACCCAAAUCGAGACAGCGAAGACCUUUACACCAGCGAGAACGCGGAGGGCCACAAGUUCCACCGUUAUGAUCGCAUUCGAACUUACGCUACCAGUGCUCAGGUGUUCAAUACCGAGCAAAAGGACAUCGCUUUGACGCUCUACAAACCUAAGAAUGGCGACACCAGACAAUUGGCCGCUUACUACUAUCCAAUCUUAGGAAAGGCCCGCCUCAAGCCAGAGCGUUCCCGCACAAUUGCUCAGGCUGGUCUCGCUCCCACUUCCACCCAACAGGAAGAUACCGAGGAACGGGUUGACCAGAUGCAUGUGAUGAUGCGUGAUCCCAACGAGGCUGAAAUCUACAAGCGUGCUUUGACCCGUCUGCGCAUCGAUCCGAAGUUUGCAAGCAAUAUGCCACCAGAGCCUGUGAAUCAGGAAGAGGAACACCCAUUGGAGAACGAGGAGACAGAGAAGCCGGCUGAUGAGGAUACUCGCAUGAGCGAUGACGAGUAG